AUCUGCACUCUCCUUCUUCGCCGUCGCAUCUUCCGGGAUUCCCACAGCCGGAGAGGUUCUGCAACAUGGAGAGCAUGAACAGCUAUUGGCAAUUUGGUGAUGAGCUUCGAGGGCAAUCAACAAAAGUCUCUGAGGAUCACAAAUGGCUAAUGGUUGCUUCCAAGUUGGCUGAGCAGACACGGUCAAAGGGUGAGCGCAGGAAUAAUCUUGACCUUUCAAAGGGUCCGGUUGAAGUUAGGCCCAGAGACAAUUUUGGAUUUCAAGAAGAUAACAAAUUUGAGACCCUGAACUUCAAUAUGCUGAAUUUAGAAUCAAAAGUGACUGACAACUUCAGUAAAAGUUCUAUUAGGAAUGAUUUUUACAAUUUAAAUGCCAUCUACCAUAAGCCUAAUGUCAACACUCUGGGGAAUAUAUCUGGAAGCAAGUUCAACCCCAACAGCAUGAACAAGGAUCUUAACAACACCAAUGAAAGUCUCAAUGCCAAUGGUGCUGUGGAUAAGAGGUUUAAGACCUUGCCUGCUGCAGAGACACUUCCAAGGAAUGAGGUGCUUGGUGGAUACAUCUUUGUUUGCAACAAUGACACUAUGCAAGAGGAUUUGAAGCGACAGCUCUUUGGACUACCACCCAGAUACAGAGACUCUGUGAGGGCAAUUACUCCAGGAUUACCUUUGUUUCUUUAUAACUACACCACUCACCAGUUGCAUGGUAUCUUUGAGGCAGCAAGUUUUGGGGGUUCCAACAUUGAUCCUACUGCUUGGGAAGAUAAAAAAUGCAAAGGAGAAUCAAGGUUCCCUGCCCAGGUGAGAAUCCAUAUUAGGAAGCUUUGCAAGCCACUGGAGGAAGAUGCUUUUAGACCAGUUUUGCACCAUUAUGAUGGUCCAAAGUUCCGUCUUGAGCUCUCAGUACCGGAGACACUAGACUUACUAGAUCUAUGUGAACAAGCGGGAGUCAACAGUGGAGUGGCUGAAUAGAGUUUAUUCGCUCUUGUGUUAUUACGAACAAAAAUGGCAGCAUCAUCUUGUUAUAUGUGAAACAAUGAGGCAAGAAGGCAGGUUUGGGUUGACCAGAUUUUCCCCAGCGUAAGCUUGGAAUGUAAGUCUGGGAAGGAAAAAAUAAAAGUAAUGAGGUGUGAUGAUGGGUACUAGUGAAUAUGUUUAAAAAAUCUAGCCCGGUGUACUAGUAGCUAGACUCUGUAAUAGUGAUGAAGUCAUCUAUAUAUAUAGUGUGGGUUCAUGUAUGCAAUGGAUUUUCCUGACCUCAACUUCACUGGAUCUUGCAACUUGCAAGUCAACUCAUGUUGGGUCAUGUAUCUUAUAUAACUUUUAUAACAAUGACUCCUUUUUCCUCAAAGUA